AUGACAGAGGCAGAUCCGAAAAGAAUUCAUACUUUGCUUCGUGAAUUACAGAAUUUAAUUAAAAAUGCACAGGAACAAUGGGGCGUCACAUUAACGGGACAGGGAGCCAUUAACGACAAGCUUAAAGCAUUUACUCCAAUUGCUAAUGCUGUUCAUCCACUUGGACCUGUUAAUAUAGUCGGUUUAUCUACAGAAUUCUCGCAGAAGAUUGCUUCGAUACGCUCGACAAUAUCUAAUUUUCGAAAUACAACUAUACAAGAUAUAUCACAACUCAAUUUGAGUAUUGGAUCUGAUUCGUUAUUAAAAAAAUAUCAAUAUACUUUAAAGGAAGAAUCAAAUAAUCUCAAUACGGUUUCAGAAGUUCGAGAUAAUAUCAAGAUCUGCAAAGAGUUAGCUUUAGAUAUAUGUCAAGAUAGCCAGGACACAUUUAAAUUCGUAAUCCAAGAGACAAGUACUUUUUGUAAACAACUCGGACUUAAAGUGUGGGACGCAGAACGAAGUCAUGGUUCCACUCUUACAUUAUCGAUAAGUGGAUCUAUUUUCGUAAUGGAUAUCAAAUUUGAUGAGACAACGCAUAAAAUAGUUCAAGUCAUAAUUACUUACACGCACACACCCAAAGAUGAUAAUCGCAUUGACAAUUUGCUGACACUACAAUUGAGUUCUGCUUUGGCUGGAGAUAUCCAAAAAAUAUUAACUGAUGGGCACGGAAUUCCAUUGUUUCAUGUGGAGCGAGUUGGUCCUUCAAUUGCUUAUUGGGCACCUAAGUACCGCAUUAGUGAAACAGAUUGGAAUAAUGUUAAGGAUAUUAUUGUGAAAGGUGAUAGCUGUGAGAGUCUCAGUUCAUUCUAUCAAUUAUGGGUUAUGAUGGAAGAGUCACGAUCAAGAAAUACUUUUUUACCCAUCGAAAGAAAUCAUUAUUUAAUCGAAGAAAACGAUAAUGAAUUUGAGUUGUUAGAAAGUUAUGACUUCAUGCCCCAAGAUCUUACGUUUCCACUGCUUCCAACACCACUGAAGUUCUUACAGCAGCCAAAGGAUGGUUCACAAACGUCCGCAAACAUACAAUUUGUUUUAUGGCUUUUUCCACCAGUGUACGUUACAGACACAGUAGCCAAAGAAAUUGAAGAUUUGGCAGGAUUUUUUGGGAGCAGAAUCAUGACAGAUGAUCCUAAAAGUUUGUCUCUGGAACAACUUUUGAUAUCAGAUAUAAUUCCGCCGGCUAAGAUGACUCGCGGAUCAGCUAUGGAUAUUAGUUGGGAAAAAAAAUUUGAAGAUUCUCCCUAUAUUCAAAUGUAUACUCUAGACAUGAAACACACAAAUGCUAAAAAAAUCGAGCGUAUUCCUUUCAUUUACCCUUUUCAAAUAUUUAGUUAUAUUGAGAUAUUACGCCAACAACUUGUUUAUAAUGCUCUAUUUCAAAGCUGUUUUAACUCUUCUACUUAUUGUCCACAACAAAGUUCAUCAAAAUCAUCUGCCACCACUUUCGAAGUUAAUUCUAAUACAACAAAAGUUAAAGUUAAGGUUCAAACAACAAAUCCACCUCUUUUAUUAUCUGUAUCUUUUCAGUUACCAGAUACUAUGACAGACGUCUUACUGCAAAUUAAUAUUUUGCGAGAUUGUCAACUUUAUGUUAUUUCCCAAAAUCAACUUUGGGAAGAUAAGGGCAAUACUGAUACAGUUUUAACUCAAACGUUACAACUAUGUCACGAUGUGCCGGUUUUGGUGAAAUGGAUACUUAAUACAUCAGUUAAUGAUUUUAAAUCGAUUAAAGAGGAGGACUUAAUGGAACUUUGA